CCCGCCAGCCUUCGGAAGAGGGAAGAAGGGAGUCGUCGGUGGGACUGAGAGCGAAGCCGAGGCACGUUAAAUGAUGAAAGGUAGCAAGGAACCAUAUCUUGUGAAAUUUAUCAAGUCUUCAGAGAACUCAGAUUUUUUCCACCAGGCCCUUGAGUCCAUUAAAGAAUUUCAGUCAGAAGAAUAUCUUGAGAUUCUUGAAAAUGAAGCUGCACUGAGAAUACAGGAGAAUGACAAAUCUCUUUAUAUAUGUGAUCCAUUCAGUGGCCCUGUUUUUAAUCACCUUCAAAAGCUUGGUUGUAGGAUUGUUGGACCACAGGUUGUUAUCUAUUGUAUGCAGAACCAGCGAUGUGUCCCAAGAGCUGACUAUCCAGUAUUUAAUAUGACAAUGGCUGAUGUAACAAUAUCAUGUACAAAUCUUCAAAAGGAAACCAGGGAAGAGGUCCAUAAGUAUGUACAAAUGAUGGGUGGCCGCAUAUACAGAGAUCUUAAUGUAUUAGUAACUCAUCUUAUAGCUGGAGAAGUUGGAAGCAAGAAAUACUUAGUUGCUGCUAAUUUGAAAAAACCCAUUUUGCUUCCCUCUUGGAUACAAGUAUUAUGGAAUAAAUCACAACAUAGAAUGAUCAGAUACACAGACAUAAAUAUGGAUGACUUCUUAUGCCCUUUGUUUCUUGGCUGUACAGUAUGUGUAACUGGUUUGAGCAGCGUGGACCGAAAAGAGGUUCAGCGUCUCACCACGGAAAAUGGUGGUCAGUACACAGGGCAACUCAAGAUGAAUGAAUGUACCCACCUUAUUGUUAAAGAGCCAAAAGACAGUCUUUCCAGACCUACCAUUCUUUAUAGAAGCUUUCGAGCGGCUUUUCCUUCAAUAAGACAGAAAUAUGAGUGCGCAAGAAGGUGGAACGUCCAUUGUGUAUCUAUGCAGUGGUUUUUUGAUAGCAUUGAAAAGGGAUUUUGCCAGGACGAAUCAAUGUAUUCAGUAAUCCCUAAACCAAAGGAAGCAAAUGCACCAAAUACGUCAACUCCUACUAGCCAAGCUAGCAACCUUGACAGUCGAACCCUCUCAGAUGUCAGCCACAUUUCAAACAUCAAUUUAACAGGCAUUAAUGAAACAUCUUGUAGCCCUCCUAUGAAUAACAGAGUGGACCAUCCUUCUGAUGAACUGAACAACUUGGAUAUUAGUUCUUUACAAGCACCUGAAGAUUUACUUGAUGGAUGCCGAAUUUACCUUUGUGGUUUCAGUGGCAGGAAAUUAGAUAAAAUUAGAAGGCUUAUCAACUCUGGAGGUGGUGUCCGUUUUAAUCAACUCAAUGAGGAUGUGACACAUGUCAUUGUGGGUGAUGAUGAUAAUGAACUAAAACAGUUCAUGAAGAAGACAGUGCAGAGACCAUAUGCUGUGACAGUACAGUGGCUUUUGGAAUGCUUUAAAAAAGGUUAUCUACUGCCUGAGGAGCAAUAUAUCCCUGAAAACUACCAACCAGUGAACAGUCCAGUUUUUGAGCAUCCUGUCUUCCUCAAAAAAAAUAGCGGCUUGAAGAAAGAAACUGUGAAUAUUCAACAGGCUCCAGAAGCAGAUGCUGAUCUGUUGUCUCAGUAUAUAACUCAGGAUUCCACAGUAGUCGUUGCUGGUGGCUGUAAUGAUACUGAUCGCACUACCUUUCAAGAAGGAAAUGAGUUUACUGCCUUGGGUGAGACAUCUACCAUUGUUGAAGGUGCCUUGCUCAGUGGGAAAAGAUUUCUGCUUCAGGGCUUUGGUAGAGAAGAUGAAUCUUGCAUGAAGGCUUUGAUUGAAGAGAAUGCUGGGAAGGUUCUGUCUCCAGAAAGUAAAGCAGUUGCUGACUAUGCAGUGGUUCCCCUCCUUGGAUACACUGUAGAGCCAACUGUAGGAGAUGUGGUUACAAAUACAUGGCUGGUGAUGUGUGUAGAACAGCAGACCCUGCUAGAUCCUCAGUCAAGUCCGCUUUUCACACCAGUACCAAUGAAAGAAGGAACUACCCCAUUAGAACAGUGUGUACUGUCUUUCAGCCAAUUUAGUGGGGCAGAAAGAGAUUCUUUAAUAUACCUAGCAAAUCUGCUUGGUGCAAGAGUUCAAGAAUUCUUUGUGAGGAAAGCCAAUCCAAGGAAGGCAAUGCUUGUCAGUACUCACCUGGUAGUGAAAGAGCCAGAGGGCUCCAAAUAUGAAGCUGCAAAGAAGUGGAAUCUCCCAGCUGUUACUAUGGCUUGGCUGUUGGAGUGUUCAAGGACAGGAGAAAAGGCCGACGAAAGCAAGUUCCUAAUUGACAGUGUAGUCACUAAAGGGAAUCAGCUAGAUGAAGGACUGACAGAUGCUUCACCCUCAAAUAUGCCGGAUCAACCUAACAACUUGUUUGAAACUGAGAAGAGAACAGCUGUAACACCUCUGGAUAUGAACAAGUUUCAGAGUAAAGCUUUCCGGACUGUUAUCUCACACCAUAUUGGUAAAAAGCCAAGUCCUCCACUGGGUGGAAACCCAUUACAGAAAGAACCUUCUCUGCACCUGGACACGCCAUCUAAAUUUUUAUCUAAAGACAAGCUCUUCAAGCCUUCUUUUGAUGUUAAGGAUGCUCUAGCAGCUUUGGAAACUCCAGAAGGUGCCAGCCAGCGAAACAGAACACUGAGCACUCCUCUUUCAGAAGUCAUUGGGAGGAACCUAAAAGUGGCUUUAGCAAAUAGCACCCGGCAAGCAGCUGCUCUUACUGCUAGUCCUCAGUUGAAAGAGGCACCUCAAGAAAUUGUGGAAGAGUCUAAACCUCUAGCGGAUGUUGUCAUAUGUGUGAGUAAGAAGCUCAGUAAAAAGCAGAGCGAGUUGAAUGCUAUUGCUGCAUCCCUUGGAGCAGAUUAUAGGUGGUGUUUUGAUGAAACUGUGACCCAUUUCGUUUACCAGGGAAGGCAAAAUGAUAAUAACCGGGAAUACAAAUCUGCUAAAGAAAGGGGCAUACACAUCGUUUCGGAACAUUGGCUUUUGGAGAGUGCACAAGAAUAUAAACGACUACCUGAAUCUCUGUAUCCUCAUACCUAUAAUCCUAAAAUGAGUCUGAAUAUUAGUGGUGUCCAAGAUGACAGAUUCUCUGAUAGGCUUGACUCAACUGGAAAAAUGGGGAAGGAACAUGAGAAUAUUUCAUUGGAUGAUAAUGCUAUAGAAGGACAACUAAAAGAGGCAAUUCCUGUUGAAAAAGAAGAAAAUACAUCAAAAGGAGUGUUAACACAGACACUGGAAAUGAGGGAAAACUUUCAAAGGCAGCUACAAGAAAUCAUGACUGCAACAUCCCUACCAAAGUUGCAAGGACAAAGGACCUCUUUAUCUAGGAAUGGAUUUGACAGUGAUCCAGCAACUCCGGAUGGACCUCGUUCUGUGCGUAAUGGCCGCAGCAAAGUCUUGGAAGCCCUAAGGCAGACUCGCCAGAUAGUGACUGAUGUCAAUACAGAGCCAUCCCAGAACGAACAGAUUAUUUGGGAUGAUCCCACUGCAAGGGAAGAGAGGGCGAGGCUUGCCAGCAAUAUGCAGUGGCCCAAUAGCCCUUCACAAUGUUCCGAGCAAAUGCAAGGAAAUGCAGUAAAUUUGGGUGACGGUUCACAUAGAAAAUCCUUGAGUGAUACAGAAAUUGCACAAAUAGGUGUUGAUGAUCCUGUGAAAACAGAUACAGUUGAGGUUCCAAGAUCCCCAGUGUGCAGAAGUCCAGAAACCCCCCAAAAUGAAGAUCAUCUGAUCCCAACUCCAUUGGCACCCACCAUUGCCUUUCCACUGGCAAACCCUCCUGUUGCUCCCCAGCCAAAAGAAAAUGCCAUUAAAAUAGAUGCAAAGGCCUCCGAAGAACCAGAAAAUCAGCGUAAAUUUCAGCUGUCUUCCCUUAACCCUCAGGAACGAAUUGAUUAUUACCAUCUGAUUGAGGAACUAGGUGGAGUGGUACUUGAGAAGCAGUGCUUUGACCCAAAUUGUACACAUACAAUUGUGGGACACCCUCUUCGCAAUGAGAAAUUCUUGGCAUCGAUGGCAGCUGGAAAGUGGGUGCUGCAUCGUUCCUACCUAGAAGCAUCCAGAGCAGCACAGUGCUUUGUAGAGGAGGAAGAUUAUGAAUGGGGAAGUAACUCCAUACUCAGUGUUCUGCCUGGAAUCAAUGUAGUCCAGAGGAAAUUAGCAGUUGCAGCAAUGAGGUGGCGGAAAACAAUUCAGAGAUGGAGAAAGGAAAAUGGAAUUGCUGAGGGAGCAUUUAGUGGUUGGAAGGUAAUUUUGAAUGUUGACCCAGCCAAGGAAGCAGGCUUCAAACGUCUUCUAGAGUCAGGAGGAGCAAAGGUGCUUCCUGCUCAUUCUCCUCCUCACUUUAGAGAAGUGACUCAUCUUUUUGCUGAUUUCAAUAAACUGAAGCCAGAGGAUAUAAGAAUUGAUGUUGGAGAAGCAGCUCAUCAAGGCGUGAACUGCCUUAGGCCAGAAUACAUUGCUGAUUACCUUAUACAGGAGUUACCACCGCCAAUGGAAAACUAUCAUUUGCCAGAAGCUGCUGCCUAUCUUCAGAAUGGAAAAGAACACAGAAGUGGAUCAUCUCAAAAGCGGAAAGCUCCUGAAGAAACACACACAGUAAAGCGAUUCAGAAUGCACUGAUAUGACUGUACUCCUUUUAAAUAUGCGUGUUCUAUUUCUAUUUAUAUUAAUUUUCUUUCAAUAUAAAAAGGUCAUUAAAUGC